AUGCCCCUUCUCAAAAUACCUUUCCUCCUUGCGAGCGCAGCUGGCGUCUAUGUUUCUAUGACGCCUCCAAAUCCAAGGCCCUUGCAGAACCAAGUCAACGCCCUUUUCUCGAAAAGAGAGCGUGUGUUUUCUGCGGUUGCAAGAAUAUAUCACUUUGGGGCAAAGUUCGUGAUAUGCUCAGGCGCCCUCUUUGAAGCAGCUGUAAUCAUUGCACGCCUGUGGCCUGCGCAUGCAAUAUCGCAGAGGAUUAUGGCCGCGCUUAUUUUUGGUCCCAGUUCGCUUGCCGACCAAAUCACAGUGUCGCCAAUGUUCGUGGUUGGCAGUACCAUCGCCGCUGUGUCUGGGUUCAUCCGAUACCGAUGCUAUCGCGAACUUGGGCGCAUGUUUACAUUCGAGCUGUCCAUCCAAGAUGAUCAUAAACUUGUUACUGGGGGGCCGUAUGCCAUCGUUCGCCACCCAAGCUAUCCGGCUGCUAUAGCAUGUGUGGCCGGUUUAGGCAUAGCCUAUGGGACAUGCGGUUCUUGGGUGAGAGAAUGUGGGGUGAUGGAUACGGUGACGGGACGUGUAGCAGCAUGGGUAUAUUCGGGCCUCUGGGUGUAUGGCUCGUGGAAUGCUCUAAGGCGUACUGUGGAAGAAGAUGCUAUCCUGAAAGCAAGAUUUGGCUCGCAAUGGGACGAGUGA